AUGUCGACUUCCUUGGACUUCGUGGUUGACUUCAUCAACACGCAUCAUGCGAGCUUAUCUACUUUCGCGCAGAAAGUCGACUCCAAUGACCUGAGUGACGAUGCUGGCCUGAGGAAGGCUCUCUGCGAGCACGCAGACAGAUUGAAAGCUGUCCUCGCAAAGGCUCAGUGUCUUGAGGCAACAUUGAUCAAGGAGACCGACGAGGUACAGAAGAGAGAACAGAGCUAUAUUGCUGAAGUCGACAACUUCAAGGAGCAGCUGGAAGAUCAGCGUCGUAAGACAGCGGAUGCGAACAACCUGGCUGAGCAACAUGUCAAGACGACGAAGCUGCACCAGGAAAAGAUCCAAGACCUGGAGGCGAAGUACCAGGACCUGCAAAAAGACGCCCACGGCCUACGAGAGCAGCUCAGAGAGAGAGACUCCACGAUUCUAACCGUCCAGAAAGACUGCAUUUCACGUCUCGCCGAGUACAUGGAGCAGCAACCGCGUCCUACUCUUGCAGAAAUCUCUUCGUCGGUCAAAGAUGCUCUGGCCGAGCAGCCGCGCCUUUCCCCUGCUGAAGUCUCAUCUGCAACGAAGCAGGCCCUCACGGACAUGCAGAGCACCGUCACUCCGAUCAAAUCAGAGAUGAACAAUACCACAAGCCUUACUCUACAAGAUCUCCAGGCGGAGCUUGGGCGCCGUGAUGAAGCUCUUCUCGGGAAGGUGCAAGUUUCAGUUGGCGCGGCCAUCAAGGAGCAGUCAAGCGGGACUUCAGGGGGUACACGGGGUACGCUCAACCAAGUGAAUGGACCCGCAGUACGAGGGGCGAGGGCUCAAUCACAGCUCCCGUCAGGCUCUGGUCUCUUCUCGAGCCGUACUGAUGCUACAAUGUCUCCAUGGCUGCGAAGUGGCCCGGCUCAAAUAGGUGGCGCGGCAAACACUUUGAAUUCGCUUCCUCCAAAGCGUAAGAUUGACGAUCUCGAGCACAAGGCUGGCCAGGAAGCAAAAAGGCCAUUCCAAAACGAGACGCUAGACGGCCGUAAGGCCAUUCCAGGAUCCACCAUGUCUCCAUAG